AUGAAAUUGGUCAUAUGUACGCUGGGGGCUCUGCACGAUGAAUCUCCGCUAUUACUGAAUUGUACAGAGCGACGUUACAUACUGUCAAACAAUUACAAACAUAUUGACCGCCCUUUCGAGUGGUCCAACUGUAGCAGAGCGAUCAUUUCUGAAGGUUUGAGAUCAAAUGUGGAAAAUUGUCUAGAUAAUGACACCCCUAUUACAUAUCAAGGAGAGUUGGUGGAUGAGGUAUUAUUACCGGGUAAACAGAUUAGUGUGAAAGACCAAUGCAUAAGUAGAGGAUAUGACGACCCAUGCGAGUCAUCAGAUAUUUGUCAAAAUGUUGAGUGCGAAUGGGGGUGGUUCUCAAUAUGUAAAGACACAGGACCAGCGCAUGACGGUACACCGUGCCCUACAGGUGAAUGUAGAAAUGGAAAAUGCAUGUCCAUAAAAAAAAAGCUACAAGAUGAUGAUAAUUAGCAGGCUUUUUUGCGCGAAGAGUUUGAAAAUGUACGAUUGCAUUUGAAUGUAUGAAUUGAAUACAUGUAAGAAUUAUUAGAAAGCAGAUUAGAGGAA